UCAUAAAAAUAUACUUUUUUGAAAAAAAAAAAAAAAAAAAAACUUCUCAAAAUAACCGGUUAUUAGUCGGUUCAUUUUGGCUCUUUUUGGGUCUCUUCUUAUUUCCAAAAAAUAAGUGUUGAGGUUUUUUCGAUGAUUUUAUCAGUUGAUCACAAAAUGGGAGUAUUCAAUUUCACUGUGAUUCCAAGAAUCGAUGAUGACACACAUUCUCCUUCGGCCACUUCUUGAAUCGGUGAUUUGGGUCAUUUUUAAUUUCAAGAAAAAUUCAAGCGUUGAAGUUUUUGAUGAGUCUAAUUAGUUGGUUUGCAAAUUGGGAGUGUUUAAUUAACCAUCUUGUCAUAAUAUGAUGGAGAAGGGAUUGAAAUCAAGUCACUUGCUCGUUAAAGAGACGAACAAGAACCAGAACAAGAAAAAAGAAAGAGUUAGCAAGUCUAAAGCUAAUGGUGGUUAUAAUAAAGCCACUGCCAUUAGUGCUGCAGCAUCAAAGAAAUUUUGCCUAUGUACUGGCUCAUUCAAGUGUCUUAUUCACCGAGCCACUGCCGCAUCUCACACGAGAACAGCAUCAAAGAAGGUAUGCCUAUGUGCACCCGCCACUCACCCUGGCUCAUUCAAGUGUCGCCUUCACCGAGCCACUGCUCCAUCUCACACGAGAAUCGUUUCACCGUUGUCUCAUCACAUAAGUGGCGUCAAAUAUAUAAAGGACUUGAAUCCCUUAAAGCUGGUGGCGCCUUCACAAUGUGGCGGAAUCAGAAAUUCUAACAAGGGGAAUGUUCAUGGGAAGCCUAAACUAUUGCGAUUCGGCAGGGCUGCUCUUGCUGCUGCUGCAAGUUCUAGUGUACAAAUCCAACCAAUUUCUGCAGCUUUUAGACAAAUGAGUAUUAAUUAGAGAGCCAAAAAAAGCGGGGGAAAAUAGUAAACUCAAGAUCAAGAUUCUGCCUUUUAAAGAAAUUACUUGAUUGAUGAUAACUAGAUCUGAUGAUUGUACAGAUGGAGAAAUAUCCUUUGUAAUUAGAGAUAUAAACAAGAUUAUCUGCGGCCACUGUGUGGCUUGUUAUCAGAGUUUACAAUGGGAACAUACAUAUAUAGAGCACUGAUAAGGCUGUUAGCUUGACUGUGAAUAGUCAUAUGUUACUGUUUCAAUCCACUUUUUGGUAAUCUCUUACCUGUUUUUUUUGUUCAUCCUCUAGAGAAUAUAGUCAUAGAUCAUUAGCUUUGGGUUUAUGUUGAAGAUUAUGUGUGCAUUUGUUAUUUUAUCCUUACUUAGAUGUUUAUGGAAUAUCCCAUGUAAUUUUGUAUUCUAUGGAUAGUAUUGAGCUAUGUUGUUUGGAUUCUUCAAAAACUCGGAAGGGUGUGUUGGAUUAUCCAGA